AAGCCAGCUGACAAACACCUUGCUUGCCGUGCCGAAUGCUGCAGCACGAUUUCGUGAAAAAAGUUGUGGUCGCGAUGUGAUCAAAAUUACUUUGGAAUAUUGCCGAUAGCAACGUUAUUAAAAUUGCCAAAACCAAAAGACCUGAAACAAUUUAUUGAUCUUGUUGACGCUCGAUAGGAUUUGAAAAAGCCUCGGAUUAAGGUUGGUACAUAAUCUUCAGGGUCAAGCCGACAAGUUGGCGUCAUCGAUUAGUCGUGGCGGUCUUUCUUUGAUUUUUGAUUCGUAAUUAUCAUGUAUUGAAACCAAUAAAAUGAAGACUUGUCACAGAUAAACGAAAAAAGCCAACAGCAUUGGUUAUCGUUUUGAUGUUGCUGCUUACGGAAAGCAUGGCGAACUGUUUAGCAGCACUCAUCUCAGUUAAUUUGUUUCCAGCGGCGUCAGGCAGGACUGGAUAAAUAAACAAUAAUGCUGAAAUCCACAGCUUCGAUGCCAAUAAUACUUGGCCUAUCUCUACUGAGUGUCGGUAGCGCUUGUGUCUAUGCAUAUAUCAGAAAGAAAAAAGAUGAAUUUCCACCCGAAACACCCGAUAGUAUCGAAUCGGAAUAUGAAGAAACUGGUCCGAUAUCCAACAUUCGCAACAAGUUAGUUCGUAUGCUUAGCAAACCGGAAGAAGAAGUCAAAACUAUUGAGGUAACCCUGUCCAAUUCCGUUGUUCCCCUGGUGGUAGGAAGAAAGGGUGCUACGCUAAAAUACAUACAAGAAAAAUCUAAAACUUCAAUUCGGUUCCGCGAGCUAGACGGGUCACAUCAAAUUUGCGAAAUACGUGGUACAGAUGCUGGAAUAAGAGAAGCAGACGAACUCAUUAUGAAAGAGGCUUCCCGACAGGUAACAAUAACGGAAGAAGUUUUGGUACCGAUGACGGCAUGUAAUAAAAUUAUUGGUCGCUGUGGAGAUGCCCUGCAGGAAAUAUGCCGUAAAUCUUUGGCCAAAGUUUGGAUUGAAGGAAGUGCUGCAAUUUACGAUAAUCGUAGAAUAAUGAUAACAGGCACGCAAAGUCAAAUAAACGUGGCAAAGUCGCUUAUUGAGGAAAAGGUUAAAGCCGAUGCCGAACUACGUAAAACUCAAGCUGAUUUGGAGAUUAAACGGGAACCACGAAUUCGAUCGCCCCCGACUAGCCUGGCAAUAACUCCGGUUGUGCGAGAAAUUCGCCCAAACAUUGAGAAACUUAAAUCUACAAAUUCUUCGGGGCAAUUGGAAGUUUUCGUAUCAGCUGUUGUAUCUCCCAGUCGUUUUUACCUACAGCUUGUAGGACCACAAUCUGCAGAACUAGAUAAACUAGUUGAAACAAUGACGGAUUAUUAUAACCAAGAAGACAAUAGAGAUUCACAUAAAAUACGCAAGCCAUACCUCGGACAAAUAGUGGCUGCUUUAUUAAACGCUGAUAACAAAUGGUACCGAGCAGAAGUCGUGGCCAUCCAGCCCAACGAGUUCAUCACCGGCCAGGUAGUGUUGGAUUUGUACUUUGUCGAUUACGGUGACAAUCAAUUCGUACAGCCAUCAGAAGUAUAUGAACUGCGACCCGAUUUUUUGGCCCUACGUUUUCAAGCCAUUGAAUGUUUUCUGGCACAUGUUGAACCGAACACGGUGGUCACUUCUACUACCAACAUUGGGGCCGACGAUUGGGAACGUGCUGCAGUAACUCGUUUUGAGGAACUCACUUACGUUGCUCAAUGGAGAAAACUGCUUUCAAGAACUGUAACAUACAAAAACAAAGGACUUCGAGGCAGCAGGGAAGGUCGCGAAGGCUCCCCUGUACCCGGCGUUGAGUUGUAUGAUACUACACAACCUGGAGCUGAUAUUGAUAUUGCAAUCGAACUGGUAAACGAAGGAUACGCACGCGUAACUCCAAACUUUGGUGAUCUUACGCGUAGUCAUGUCUUACGACUAGACGGAGGAUUUCGUUCUUCCAACGAAAAACUGAACGACACUUCAAAGGCUUCAUCAACCGGAUCACUGACUCCAAUUCUCUCCAGUCGUAAGAUUCUACAAGAAAAAGCUCAAGAUGAACCUAGCUCUACAACAUCCCCUGAUAAAAUUUCAUCAACCAACGCGAGUGCUUAUUUUGGUGGUAGUUUAGUGGAAGCAAAAGGCGUUCAAAACGCAAAGUUGGCUGGAGUAUCUUCAUCUACAAGUGAUUUUAUAGAAUCACAGAAGGAAGCGACUAAUGGCAAAAGCGCAGAAACGAAUCAUAGCAACAAAGGAUUUUUUACGCGUGAUUGGAACGAGUUGGUAGAAGAAGAGGAGGGAAAGAAAAACAGUCUGAUAUCAUGAAUUACUUUAGAAUAUUGGUACUGGCUACAGCAUAAUGAAUAUCCACUAAAAGCUAGCGGAAAGUUUUUCAGUUAUUGUAAAUAGAAUUUAUUAUUUAUUUCGCUGCUUCAUUAUGAUUCAUAGAAUAUCGUUAGUUAUGAGAUUUUGUUUAGGUAUUCUUACACUUCAAUAUGCUCAUAUUGUGGUUUUUUUUAACUUAAACUAUUAACAACAAACAAUAUUUUUCAAUGUAAAAAUCAAUCAAUUUUAGGGUGUAGAACACUGUUAAACAGUAAACACAUGUUAGAAAAGUAUAACACACCAGUGUGAUAGUUUUUAAAACUUUGAAAAAAGUAUUAGGGAUGUAGAAAAUUUGAUUUUUUGUUUCGGGAUUUUAAGUAUCUACGGCUUAUUCAUCCCCUUACAGUAGAAAUUUGAACGAUUCAAAAGCUACUAUAAAAUAAGAAGGAUAUGAAAUUUUAUUCGCCACGAAGAAUUAUCAUGUGUGGAAAUCAACUAACUAUUGACGGUUGAUCUGUUUUAUGAUGGAUUGAAUAUUUGAAAUAAGUUUC